UCUGUCAACUUUGGAUAUGUCAUACUGUGCUACUAUGGAAGCUGGGUUGCAUAUAGACCAGGCAAUGGGCUAUUUGGUUCAGAGCAUAUGGAUCCCACAAUAUGCACCCACAUAAUCUAUGCUUUUAUUGGAGUUUCUGCUAAUGGUUGGAUAACCAUAUUCGAUCCAUGGGCCGACUUACCAGAAGGUGGUGGUAAAGAUGGCUUUCGAAAAUUCGUAGCACUCAAAGAGAUCUCACCAAGUACUAAGGUAAUGAUAAGCAUUGGUGGUUGGAACCAUGGCAGUACUACUUUCAGUCCAAUGGUAACCGAUCCAACGACUCGUGCAACUUUUGUCAAAAAUGUUGUUACUUUCCUUAAAACGUAUAACUUUGAUGGGUUGAACGUCAAUUGGGAGUAA